AUGGAUUUUCUCAAGCUGCAGAUCAAAACCUCUUUGAUUGGAUUGAUCUUGCUGGGAAUAUGUUGUGUGGGGGAAAGCAAUCCAAACACCAAUGUGUCGAGUGUUUUGUGCAACAAUGGGGUGUACUCAGAAGGUGACCCUUUUGGAACAAGUCUAGCCUAUGUUGUGGCAGAACUAGAGGCUGCUACACCAACGAUCCAAGGCUACGAUUAUCACAACAUAUCUCCUUACCCGGAUGCCUUUGCCUAUGGCGAAGCAGCUUGCAACAAAAACCUUACAGCUUCUGACUGCAGCAUCUGCCUAGGAGCCGCCAAGACUGCCAUGUUUGGGGCCUGCGACAGACGGAUAGGUGCUCGCUCUCUCCUCGUUGACUGCACUAUAAGCAAUUUAGUUUCUUCAAUUGUUGCAUAUCUGGGGAUUACGAUCACUUCAUGGUUCAGCUAUUGUGCAAAGGGCUGA